GCCAUGUUUCGAAUCCCAUCCUGUCUCUUUACCAAUCGUGACUAAAAUCAACAGCGCUACCAUGACUGAAACUGCAUUAUCCGCCAACGCGCCUGUGCGAAUUGGGACUCGGCGGUCCAAUCUGGCCGUGGUUCAGGCAGAGGGCAUCCGAGCCAGCCUACAAAAGAUUGCGCCCAAUGAAUCAUUCGAAAUUGAAGCUCUUCGCACGCUGGGGGAUAAAGACAAGUUGACUGCAUUGUAUGAGUUUGGUGCCAAGAAUUUGUGGACUUCUGAGCUGGAAGAGAAGCUUACCUCUGGCGAGCUGGAUCUCAUCGUACACUGCCUGAAAGAUAUGCCGACGAGAUUGCCCGAGAAUUGCGAGCUUGCAGCAAUUCCACCACGGGAUGACGCCAGGGACGCCUUAAUUGUCAAGGCUGGCUUGCCAUACACCAGCCUGGACACUCUCCCUGACGGGGCCGUUGUGGGUACUUCCUCGGUCCGCCGCUCGGCUCAGCUUCGCCGUCUCUAUCCCAACCUCCGGUUUGCCAAUUUACGCGGUAAUGUCGAGACUCGUCUUGCCAAGGUUGACGACCCGGAAAACGAGUAUACGUGCAUGAUUAUGUCUGCCGCAGGUCUCCAACGCGUGGGCCUCCAGCAUCGCAUUAAUCAGUACCUGCAGUCGAAGGAUGGAGGUAUCUUCCAUGCUGUUGGACAAGGUGCUCUCGGUCUGGAGAUUCGCAAAGGUGAUACCAAAAUGCAAGAAUUGCUGAACCAGCUCGCUGAUCACAAGUCGACUCUUGCCUGUCUGGCUGAGCGGUCACUGAUGAGGACGUUGGAAGGUGGCUGCAGCGUUCCUAUUGGCGUUGAGACGGAAUGGAUUCAAUCGGAUAAACUGAAAAUGAGCGCUAUCGUUGUGAGUCUGGAUGGUUCUCAGAGUGUUCAGGAUUCUGUUGAGGCCAGACUUGAAACUACUGAUGAAGCCAAUUCGCUGGGAGAAGGAUUGGCUGCCAAAUUGGUCGAAGCUGGCGCAGAGGCAAUUCUGAAGGAUAUCAACACCAACCGACCAGCUAAGGAAUGAAUGAAUGAACAAAUGUAUGUAGUAUAUUAUAUUCGCGUCAUUUAUCAAGGCUGAGGCUAAUCGCACGCCAACUUGUGCUUUCGCACGGUAGACUAUUC